CAGUCGGGGACAUGCACGCUUGCGUUGUCCCUGUCACGAUCACCACAUCUCGGCGGGUUUAUAAGACGCCACAGUGCCCUUCAAAUUCCCCAGUCGUAAACAUCUGGGAUUUGUCCCCAAAGUCUCUUCUCGCUCCAAUUGGACAGACAGUAAGAAGCUAGAGCCAUGUCUGGGAAGAUGGUGUUUACCCAACCCCGGCCCUUCAUCACGACCUCUUCAUCCAGCCAAUGGACCUCCAGCAUCUGCGACUGCUUUGAAGACCUGCCCCAGUGUUGCUUGGCCUUUUGGUGCCUUCCCUGCUUCACCUGUAAGACAUCAUACGAGGCCGGGGAGUGUGUGUGCUUGCCCCUGCUGGACGCUUUCGGAAUCAUCCCGCCUAUGUCCACAGCCCUCAGGGUGUCAGUACGCCAGAAAUAUGGCAUCGAGGGCACAAUCUGCAGGGACUGCCUGUUCGCCUGCUGCUGCGGGCCCUGCAGCUGGUGUCAGAUAGCGAGAGAAAUCAAGAUGAGGACCAACCCCAUCACAUUCGUCAACAUGUCAUCCUGAUUCUCCUUUUUUAAUCACUGGUAAAGCAAACAUCAUCGCCAUCUUCACGGACUUCUCUUCAUCGCCAGGGCCCGGGGAGGAGAGCGGGCCACUUGAAUCAACCGCGUUCUGAUCUGUUUCUCGGCACGUCUGCUUCUGUGGAAUGUCACUGAGCAGCUGAUUCAAGAUCAGCACACGAGAGGAUUCGUCACUUACUGGAAUGACAAUGAGAUAAGCAGGUUUUUGGCCUGUCCGACAAUCCACUGACAGACUACAAUUACAAUUUUUAACUGGCUGUUUUUCCCUUCUGUUUUAAUUGCUUUGCAUCUUUCUCCAGUCAUAUAUUUUUUUUUUCUAUUUAAAACAUGGUUUGCUGUUCUAUAUGUGUGACGUUGGUGUGUAACAGGUGAGCCCCCAUUUGAGGCCGUUGCAUGGUACAAAGGGAAUAAACUGUGAUUUUCACCCAAAGUACUUCCACACGCUGCUUCUAAGACGCUCUGGUGUGGUGAUUGUCCGCUCAGGAAGAUGUUGAUUGCUAACGUCCUCCAUUUUCAUAGCAAAACAACGUAACAAUAAUGACCUACUCUCCUGAGAGGUCAAGCAGGUCAAGCUGAGAGUUAUCGCCCUCUAUUGAAACAGGCGAGAAACUACUUCAGACGGUCUGAUGUCCUUCUCGACUGUAGAUUUUGAAUUAAAACAGGUAAUCACAGGUCGAAUAAGAACUUUUCCUCCCACGUUUGAAUGAACGUUGGAGUUUCAAAUAAAAGGUGACAGCCCUAAUAAGGAGCUCAUUCUAAACAAUAAAAACAGAAGGAUUCUUAGUUUCAGGGGAUUAUAAGCUAAUAAAAAACAUAAUCAUGGAUAUCAUAUUCCAUUUAUCCCUAUCGAUCCUCCUACAUCCUACACACACCAGCAUUAAGCAUUAAAUGCCAAAUUCUCCUCCAUGUGAUCAAAACCAGUUGCGACAAAUACGUUUCAACACCAGGUGACUAUUUACCAAACUCAACUCUAAACUCUGAACCAGAAGACACUGAAGCAUAUUUGAACACUGCUGGGCUUGAUUUUCUAGUGUGCAUGUGAAGCUCCCAGACUCAGUUUAUAUUCCCACAAACUUCAGGUUCGUGUGAAAUUCCUGCAGGGACGUGUUUUGAUGGAUAGUAAACAACUGUCACCAAGUGACAGAACAAGGCAGGUAUGUGAGUAAAUGGUGUGAACGCUGUGAUGUGGAUUCAAAUGAGCCAUAUCACAGCAAGGAACAAUUGUAGGAAGGAAAAGUUUGGAACCGGCGAGCGUCUCGGGAGCUUUGCUCAGAUAUUUGGGCUUCGGGUCAACUUUGAAGAAAGGUGCAAUGAAUGCCGAAAGUGUCCCACGAGAAAAAUUAUGAAAGGUGUUUACUUUUUCACGACUUCCUUAUUUGAGUGAUCGCCAUGGCAACACAUGUGUUCAUCAACAACCGGCAGCCUGGUAUUUGUGUUCAUAUAAUUUCAUUAUAUCUCCUGCUUGUUUGCCGUGUUGCCAGAGCAUCAUAAAUGUGAUAUUGAUACAUCACUGACUUCUCCAGUGAUAUAUCAAUAUUCACUGGAGACGUCAGGCUGCCAUAAGUCAAUAUCUAUAUUUUUAACACUGAUGUAGUAAAGGCCAACAACCUUGUUUAGCUGCAGCAUCAAGCUUUCAGAUGCACUUCACCCGAAUCCUGGGCUGUUGUUUUCCUUCACAUCUGGACAAACGUCUUCAUUUUGAAUGUUUCAAGCUCAAAUCUGAAAUGUUUUAUAAAUUGUCCAAGAAUAUUUUAAACAAUCCCCUGAUAAAUUAUUGCAAACCCAUCAGGGCUGUGGGGUAUAGCUGCUUUGUCUGUUACACCUCCUCUGAGUAUUUCUGUCUCCCCCUGGUGGAUAUACUGGGGAUCACCCUCCAGAGGUUAUGUGUCCCAUCAGGCCUCUCACCUGUGUCAAUGUGCUGUUUCCAUGUGCACAACUGCUCCAUAAUCCAGGCGAGUUUGGAUCAGUUAACCUGUUCAGGUCAUGACCCUUAAACUUAUGAUUUAAUUUGUGCUUAAUUGUGUUUUCUUAUUUAAAGAGCCCGAUGAAUCAUGAGGAGGAGGAUUUCUGUGAUGUUUGCUUUCUAUUUGUCCAAGCAGUAGCUCAUGUGCAAACAGACUUUGAUGUCACUGGUAUGGAUACUUUAAUGUAAAAACAAUUCCAAGUCUAAAAUAUGUCUUUUAUUUUAAAUAUUUGAUCUCACUCAUAUUCUUUGUUUCUUCACAACCAUUUGGCAACCCCCAAAACGGAUUUUGUGACCCCAGUGGGAGCCUGGAUGAGAACCAUUGGUUUAGAAAAAUAAUCUUUUUCAUAGGUAUUACUUUCUUUGCAUUUCAUGUGCAUCUACAGUGGGGAGAUAAAAGUGGACUGUUGGUGACUGUCUUCUGUGCCCAGCCAGCGAACAUCAAUAUGUUAUGAGUUAUCAGCUCUCAGCCAAUGAUCUCAGCUCUUCGUCAGUGGGUCCUGACCUGGAAGGUUAUGUUCAGAACAGCUAACCUGUCAGCACACAGUCCAGUGUAUAAUUAACAUGAUUGAAAGGUACAGACUGAUAGCAGGGUUAAUCAGUUCCCUGUCCACUUGUGUAAGAGUUUCAAGAAAAUGUUCACCUUUAAUAAAAUUAAUUAAAGUUGUAAAAAACGA